UAUUCUUUAGAAUUACUUGAUUAGAUACUACAAUCUGGAAUAUAAUCCUCCUAAUCCUUCAGCCCUAAAACCGGAUCCAAUGCCCGAGAAAUUGAAAGAGAUGCAAAAGUUUUUUGGGCUCAAGGUCACUGGAACGCUGGACAAAAAAACAUUGGACGUGAUGAAGAAGCCCCGCUGUGGAGUUCCAGAUGUUGCUGCGUACUCCACGUUUGGAGGCGGAUCCAAAUGGCAGACCAACAUGCUCACUUACAGGAUUGUGAACUACACUCCUGACAUGUCAGUAGCUGAAGUAGAUGACUCCAUUGAGAAAGCCCUGCAGGUCUGGGCAGGUCAAAUCACUCCUCUGAGAUUCACCCGUAUGUACAGUGGCACAGCUGACAUCAUGAUCCUCUUUGCUAAAAAAUAUCAUGGUGAUAUUUUCCCAUUUGAUGGACCAAAUGGUGUUUUGGCUCAUGCUUUUGCUCCCGGCUCUGGAAUUGGUGGAGAUGCACAUUUCGAUGAUGAUGAGUUUUUCACUUUCCGCUCACAAAGGGGUUUUGUCUUGUUUUUGGUGGCUGCCCAUGAAUUUGGUCACUCUUUGGGUCUUACUCAUUCCAAUGUUCCUGGCGCUCUGAUGUUUCCCACUUACAGCUUCACUGAUCCGGAUCAAUUCUCUCUGCAUGAUGAUGACAUUAGAGGGAUUCAAUCGCUCUAUGGAGCCCCUGUCCAACCUGAUCCAGAAUCACCAAUAACUCCUAGCUAUUGUAAUCUGAUCUUGGAUGCAGUUACAACUUUUAGGGGAGAAACAAUGUUCUUCAAGGACAACAUUGUCUGGCAUCGUUCUCCGAGCGGAAGUGUGGCACAACAUCUAAUCAAGAAUUUGUGGCCCAACGCCCCGGAUAAUGUAGAUGCUGUUUACGAGCAUCCAGUGGAAAAACUUUACCUAUUCAAAGGUAAACAAGUCUGGGCUUUUAAUGGAAACAGUCUUGAGCUGGGCUAUCCCAAGACUCUCAGCAGCUUUGGUCUGCCACCAUCUGUGACAAAAGUUAGUGCUGUCGUCCACAACAAAAUCUCAGGAAAAACACUGUUCUUCUUUGACAUAUAUUACUAUAGCUAUAAUGAGAAGAUGAAGAAGAUGGACAGAGGGUAUCCCAAACGACUGGAAGAUGGAUUUCGAGGGGUGACUGGAGUGGUAACAGCAGCCCAUCUGUCUAACAAUAACAUUUAUCUCUUCAGUGGGACAAAGGUGUUUGAGUUCAGCAGCAGCAGGAAGCUCCUCCGUGUGCUGAAUAAUAAUUACUUCCUGUCCUGUUACGGAGUGUAACUACAGUACUUACUUAAAUGCAUGUGCAUAGGAAACGUAAAUUAAAAUGAAUUAAUUGCUCAUUGUAUUUUUGCAGUCUGCUGAUCAAAAUUGUCACUGGACUUCUAUUUUACUACUGUUAACAUUUUAAAAGAAAGUGUAUUUAUUAGUGCUGUCAAGAUUAGCGUGUUAAUGCAUGCGAUUCAUUUUUUCAGUUUAACGUGUUAAACAUAUUUAACGCAGUUAACACAGCAUCCAUUUUAAUGUCAUAUUUUAGGUAGCGUUACAUUAUAUGAUCAUGCUCUUAUUCAUGCUUUUAAACCAUUCAAGCACUACAUUAAAAACGAGAACGCAUUGUCUGUGAUAUGGAAGGCCAAACGGUUCAAAAACACAUGAAUUUUAAAACGUCAACAACAUGUAAAAUAGACUUCACACGUGUUUAAUGCGUAUUUCAUACGAUAAAUACGCACUGUUUGCGCGUGUUAAAUAGUCUUGAAAUACACAUCAAUGUUGUUGACGUGAAAAAUCAUGUGUUUUUGAACUGUUUGGCCUUCCAUACUGUGAACGUAAUGUCUGUGUGACACACACACGGCUCGUGUGCACAGAAAGAUGAGUGCCAGUAUCAAGUUCUCUUUUUUGCUUGAACAAACAAUAACACACAGAAUUAUGCCAAAAUGCCCAUUUUGUUGAGUAUCCUCAAUAAGCGCAGUCUUAAAUGAGUAAAUAAUGUCUUAAAAGACCUUAAAGCGUGAGAAAAUAAGAUGCGCGUCAUGUUCGGCAGCGACAGGUCUUAAAGUGACAGCAGCCUAAUAAAUCGGUUGCUGUGAUGUCUGUCAUUAAUGUUAAUUAAAGAACAAAGGUAACAGAAAAUUGUAGCUUUAAUAAGGAUUAAUCUAUAUUUCAUUUAUUAUUUAUGCAGUGAAGACUGUAAAGUGUUUGAUAAAAAUUCAAUUUCUGCAUAUUUCCUAUCUGUUAGACACAUAUGUGUUUUAUUAUACACAUUUA